CGUUACUAGCCAACAGAGACUUGACCUGCGACCAGAUGACGUUGCGCCAACUCCUAGCCUUCUACUCAACCGUGAUAGUCCACAACGGCGGAAACUCAAUUUUAUACAGAUAUAAGAUGUUGACAUAUCGUUGCCUACCGGUACCAAACGCUUUCCCAAUAGCCGAUGCCGUGGUGGAUGCUCUUCGGUGGAUGUCGCCCCCCACGGGAGGGUCGGGUUCAGGGCUGGCACCGAGCUACCCCACCAUUCCUGACGAGGGGCACCAGUAACGGCGCUCCGAUUCAGGAACGUGGAUUUGGGUGGUGGGAGGAGAAAAAUCAGGCCGGUGACUCGACCAAGAGAUAUGGGGACUCAUUGCGGACCCAAACAUGCCGCACUAGAACAUAGAAGUACAGAACAGCCCAAUCAGUACAUCCCAGUCCAUCUCUCUAUUCCUAGUGAACGUCUUCUCCUGCAGUUUGCAGCUGUACACCCCGCGCAAUCCCACGUUGAAGUUACCCUGGACCCCCCCCCAGGCCGGCCGUUACCCUCUCUUCCUGUUUGGUAAACCACCCUGCCCUUCCCUCUUCAGCGCAUAUUAGGAGCCACGUCCCCAGUCAGUAUGGAUUUGGUAAACAGGUGGGUUUUUCCUUCCCCUCUAUCCCCUCUGCUUUGUGCUGUCCUGUCUGGUUGGGUUUGCGCCAGUUUCUUCCCCAUAUAUAUCAUGCCUCCACCAGAGCUAAUCAGUCUCAACAGCCUAGAAGGCCGUCUGCUCUUCGCAGUUCCUAAGAAGGGUCGUCUCCUCCAAGCAGCCCUCAACCUCCUCGAAGGCGCCGACAUCCAGUUCAAGCGCGAGAACCGCCUCGACAUCGCCCUCGUCAAGAACCUCCCCAUCGCCCUCGUCUUCCUCCCCGCGGCCGACAUCCCCACCUUCGUCGGCGAGGGCCGCGUCGACCUCGGCAUUACGGGCUAUGACCAGGUCCAGGAACACGACGCCGGUGUCCGCGCCAUCGCGCGCGCCCGCCGCAUGAGCAACGAGUGGUCCCCCAAGGACGAGAAGCCCCGGGGCUGCGACACCAUCCUCGACCUCGGGUUCGGCUCCUGCAAGCUCCAGAUACAGGUCCCGGCCAAGGGGGAGUACCAGACGGGCAAGGACCUGAUCGGGAAGAACAUCGGCACCAGCUUUGUCCACCUCGCGUCCGAGUACUUUGCCAGGUUGGAGCUCGAGCAGGAGGGCAUCAAGGUCGACAGUACGGCCAGCUACGCCGGGAGGAAACUCAGGACGAAGAUUAUUGAGUUGAGCGGGAGUGUCGAGGCGGCGUGCGCGUUGGGUGUGGCGGAUGGUAUUGUUGAUCUUGUCGGUAUGCUUUUUUCUCUCCCAUGUUUAUUCUUCCCCUUACUAACCCCCCUCAAAAGAAUCUGGCGAAACAAUGAAAGCCGCCGGUCUCAAAGCCAUCGAAACCGUGGUCGAAACCUCGGCCAUCCUCAUCAAGUCAAAGGCCCCCUCCAACCCAGCCAUGGUCGACCUCAUCGCCGCCCGCAUCAACGGCGUCAUCACGGCCCAAAAGUACGUCCUCUGCCAGUACAACGUCCCCCGCGCCCAGCUCGUCGACGCGACAAAGGUCACCCCCGGCAAGCGCGCCCCCACCGUCACUUCUCUCGAGGAGGACGGCUGGGUCGCCGUCAGCGCUAUGGUCGAGAAGAAGCGGAUCGCGCCUGUUAUGGACGACCUCACCAAGGUUGGCGCGACGGAUAUUCUUGUUUUGGACAUUCACAACACCCGUGGGAGCUGAGUGUGACGAUGGAGGCAGAAAAAGAACUGUCAGAAAAGGGGGUCGGGGUUUGGGAUACAUAAAAAAUUGAUACCUGUACAAGUUUUUCUGAUCUUGGUUGAGAUCUCUGCAAUGUUGGGUGUAAAAACUCUUUGGAUUUUGUGGAGGCUAUCUACCUGUACAUGUAUGGGUCUUCUGAUACCCCCGACUAGCGACCGUUUGGCAGUCUCGUAGAGAGUCCGUUACCCCUGAAUAAAGUCAUGAUUUGGAUAGAGAAAAAGGAAUGAUACGCAGUACGGAACGCAAUUGCAAACAGAUACAAUUUCAGUCUUGCGAAAUCCUCAGGUCCAGUUGCCGAAAGAGAGAAUGGGGAUAUAUCAAGGAAAACAACACGACCCCCUCACAAACGCCAUUGUUUCUUUCCCAUAAAAGACCAA